UUAGUUUGGACGAGUUGAAAAUUGCAGAAUCAAACUACGAAAAAUGUGCUCUGGUCUUGAAUGGACAGUAGAUGGUUUUGACUUUCGAAUUCGUGAGUUGGAUUCUGAUGACAUUUCAGAAGUACGUGGAAUGGUCGUCGGCUGUUUGUAUAAGAUACUGUUUAUGGCAUUUGAAGGAUUAUUCGUGAAAAAUUGGCGAACACAGAUUGGCCUGUCAGGGUUGACCGCGUUGCUUCUCAUUAACAUCGGAUACGACGCGCAGUAUAUCACAAUUUUUGUCCUUUUUCAAACAUGUCUGUUGGGUUUUACAGAUGCAGUCUCGUUUUACUGUUUCUUUGCAACGGAAAUAACAACAUUUAAAAAAGAAAUUGUCAACGCAGACAAGACUUACCUGAAAUUUUGGAUUUCUGAGGUUUUCGAAGAUGGUGAAUGGAAGAAAGUAGGAACAGCGGCUCUGCAUGAACCUUAUCAACUAGAUAAGUGCGAAUUUCAAACUGGAGAAAUAACUUCUUUAAAAUGUGUAUCAGUAUCGCGCGACUGGAGAUCCAAGAAGAUAGGAACGAUGCUGCUGAAGUACGCACUCAGUCAAGCAACUUUGAUGAAUUAUAAAGCUAUUAUUCUUCGUGUUAUCGAGGAGCAGCCAACCGCUGUUUCUAUGUAUAAAAAGAAUGGAUUUGAAAUACUGAAGGUGAAAAACACGGCAUGUCUACCUCUACUCUAUGGGAUAAAUGUCUACGUCAUGACUAGAAACCUUCAGUAAAGCAAGAUUCAAUUUGAGGCAUCCUUUCAUCGUGUGCAAUUAAAGCAAUAAACUGCAAUUAAUAAUAAUUCCUAAUUAUCCUUAGCAUACAAUGUUUUUAAAUCAUUUUGUUAACAUUUGCUCCUGUACUUUACUCUAAUGUCCACAUAGGGCCAUAUAGUCAGUCAUUUGCGCUAGAGGUAAGAUCAGGCCCAAAAAUUCCAGCCCGGCCCGACCCAGGCCCGUGGGUAUUAAACCCGACCCGAUCCCGACUAAUAAACUGGAUUUGCAGGCCCGAGCCCGAAGCAAACUCGGAAUUUCAUAUUCUAUUUAGGAGUUCUUUGAAUUGUCAUCGCAAUAGUACAGUAUGUGUCGUGUUGAUGAGGCAACUUCUGUUUUUUGUAGACCACGAUCUCUCGUGGCCAAAACACGGGCACUGCACUGCUGGAUUAUCAACUUACAUAUAUUCAUUUGAAAAAAAAAAAGUCAGCGAUAGAGAAGGCCGACCCGAAUGUAAUGAUCGACAUUUCAGGCCCGACCCGGCCCGAAUUCCGGGCUCAGGCUCGGGCUUCAGAUAAUUAGCUCUAAUUUGCGCCCCAUAAAAAAAAGUUGUUUUAUUCAAACUGGUUGAUAAAAUGUGAUUCACACUAAAAAUAUGACAUUAAUCACUAAUUUUAUCUCAAUAUCACAGGGCAACGGCCUGUCCACAUAUUUGGCCAUUAAUCAUUUAUUCUACAAAGUUUGACUUGAUCAUGGCAUUUCAAUAAUCGCCCUUAUCUUACCCAAAGUUUGGUACUCCUGUAGUAUGC